AUGGCAACAUCAUCACUCUUGACGAUAACCGAUCUACUUCCCUCUGAUAAGGAUAAACAUCAGUAUGCCAAAGUGAUCUCUUUAUCCGAAUCUCUCCAGAAUCGCAUUUCUGGUUUGCAAAAACAACAAUUGGAUACACGUGAAUCCAUGCUUUCCAUGUCAGAGUUGGAAGAAGAGAUCAUCAACAAUUUGUCGAUCUCUCAUUACAGCUUCAUUAAUCAUUUUGCAUCGAAUCAAGCAGAAUCACCACCCGACAGAGUAGAGGCGGCACCGGAAACGGAUCAGCCAUGCACAAAGGAACUCGACUCAAAGAAACAAGUGCGAUUUGCACAAAAUGCUGUGCAAAUCGACGGUCAUUCGGCAGAAACCGAGGACAUGCCUCAGCAGACGAACAACGAGCUGUUAUUGGAAGCAGAAAAGCCAAUAACUGAUGAUCCAGCCAUCAACGAUGAAACAGACCCAUCUCCUGCUGACUCGUCUCUUGUUGACCCAUCUCUUGCCGACCCAUCUCUUACUGACCAACCUCUUACUGACACAUCACCCGCUGCCACCGAGGCUCCUCCAAACGAAAAAGUCAAUUAUGCCAUCUACGAUCCAUUUUUGGUCAAGGAUGAUGCGGCGGAUUCCUUGGCGCACACCAUGGAAAUGCUGCAAGAAACUCUCGACACCUACCUGCCGUUGCCUGUUCACCUGGAUCUGCCGAAAAAUUCAUUUAUUCUCCCAUCGACCUGCGCUAAACGCGUUUCGCCUCCUAUCUCCACCAAGACGAGAACCCGCACUUCUUCUCUCAUGCCAGCAGCUCCCGCCACCGUGCCUGCUUGUCCGACACCAACCCUCACUCCUGGCAAUAAAACGCCAGAGAACGGCAGUAGAUGGAUCUUGCCGGAAACCGAUGAACGGAACAAAAAGCUUCCGGAAAUUCCAGCAACGGCAGGAAAAAGAUUCGUCGCCGAAAACAGGUCUGGCUCUGCGCAUGACCAUGAUCGUAAAAGAGAAAGUGAGACGAGCAUUGCAAGUCAUUAUUGUGACAGACCCAAGUCAUCCAAGCCCCGCAAACAGCCUAGCCCAUUGCAACAGCAAGCCAUUAAAGAAGAGCCCUCUUUUUUACUCUUGACGCCGCCUCCGUCACCAACGGGAAAUCAAGAUUCGUCGUUUUUUCAAAGCGAGCUACGGAACCAGCCAUUACCUUUGCUACCAUCUCAAAGAACGCUUCCCCCAGUCAUUUAUGUACAAAAGCGCCUUAACGGGGUGUUGGGAUUCUUGACACGCACCUAUCAGCUUUCCAAUUACAUCUUGCUUUCCAAGGCAUUAAUUUCACCCACCAGCGGUCUACUCAUGGCAAAUGACAGUCAGGAUGGUCGUACAAAGGCCGUUCUCAAGGUAACGAUGAUUCCUCUCGAUUCAUGCCAUGCUUCCAUCGAACAGCGACGCUACGGUAUCACGUUCCACUGGAAAUACACAAGCAAACACUGGCCUCGAAAAAAUCAACCAGAGGAUGACGACAGGUUUGCUUGUAUAUCGGACACCGUUCUUCAGGAAGCUCUGAAUGUCUGGAUCAGACAACAAAUGCAUCAUGUUACGCUGCCCCCUUUAGCAUACGCUAGUCAUAUUCUAAGAGAAAGCCAAAAGAUUUACGUGGUUUAUGAUCGUGACAUGGUGUUGUAA